AUGCCAAGCGAAUUGAGUAAUGCGAUAACAUCUGAGCAAUGGGAGCGAGUUAUGCAGAUUUGUAACGUAAAACCCAGUGCUGCGAAAACCUGGACCACGCGUCAAGGAUUGUUUGAGGGGAUCAAAGAUGCGAAUGUUCUUCCGAUUCAUGAAGCUUUGGUAGCGGGCGCUCCGUAUCCAAGUAUCGAAGCAUUGAUUCGCGCCUAUCCUGAUUCUGUGUUCUGCAAGGAGUCUUCCUAUCAACGGUUGCCCCUUCACUGCGCGUGUCGGAAGAAUGCAAUGCAAGAUGUAGUGGAACUACUUCUGAAGCAGUAUGCCGACGCUGCGCUGACAGCGGACAACCUAGGAAGACUACCUUUACACUAUGCCUUAUCCAACGGUGCUAAUGACGAUGUUAUCGAUGUUCUAUUGCGAUAUAAGUCGAACAGUGCUCGAGGCUUCGACAAAAGGGGUUGGACUCCUCUUCAUGUAGCAUGUGGGGUCGGAGCAUCAACUCGGGUAAUCAGCCAGAUUCUGAAGUGUUAUCCAGAAGCAGUCUUGAUGCGAACCACAAAGGGUUCAACAGCGAAGCAAUGUCUCAACCUGACGAAAGCAGCGAACAAAGACGAAGUGAAAAAAAUGAUAAAGAAGUAUUACAUGGAAGUAGAUCAGCAGUAUCGGCUUCCAAAACAACCAACUUCCGAUCGCGACUUGGUGUAG